AUGGCGUCCACUCUUUCAGGUCCCAGGACACCACGACCGCCUCCGACAGGCCCACUACCGGCCUUGCCAGUCUCCAAGACGCGCAAGUACAGCGACGAUGGCGCUGCCGCCGAAUCAAGGCGAACCUCAACUGCCUCUAAUAUCCCCCCGCCCUCGUCGAAGAAGACGUCCAUUCCCUCACGAGCAGUGACAAUCUCUGGCCUGCCCACGCCGAACAAACCCGCCAAAGCCAACUCCACAUCGGCCGUCCCUACUCUGUCCACCAACGACGCACGACCUGCACCCUCCCCUUCCCCGCCUAUCGGCUCAGGCAUACCGAAGACGGUGAGAAAGACCAGUAGCAUUGGCUCUUUCCCUCUACCGCCCAAGGGCGCUGCUAGGGUAACGAGCCUCCCACCCAGCCCACUAUCCGCAUCCACGUCUUCGAACGAACAAAAUGGCAUCCCGCCUCCACCUCCAGCGAAAAGUCCCAAGCGCGACUCGUCAAGGCACAGAAGCGUGGAAAGCGGGCUUAAGAAACCGCGCACCCGCAGUUCUGGCUAUGGCCUUCGUCCAAGAGCAUCGCAUCCCAGCCGGACAAGUCCAAGCCUCGGCGGCUCGCCAAGUCUGCUCAAUGGCACAGGCGAGCGCGCCAUGAUAUCAAGUGGGGGUGCAAGGCAUUCGGAGAGCCUGCUCAGUCUGCCAUCCCCACCACACAGCCGAAGCUCUUCUGCCGAGGGCGCUCGCGAGGGGGACAUGAUUUCCUACGAAGACGGGGCCGAGGAUGGCGGUCGACGAGGCCGCUCUCGGAAUUCCGAUAAGACAGCAGAUUCGAAGGACGCUGCAGGUGGCAAGGAUGCUAAGGGCAAUGUCAUCGUUAGCGUCCGUGUACGACCCGAUUCAGCGGCCAACGACGAUACCAAAAUGGACGGAGAAUGGCUGGUCGAUGGGCGGAGGUCACUCAUCUCCUACAGAGGACGUGAGGGCGGCGAUCAUCGUUACGACAAUGUCUUUUCCCCACACGAUCACAAUUCACGAGUCUACGACAACGCAGCCAAACGACUAGUGCGUCGGGUCAUGGAAGGCUACCACGGCACAGUCUUUGCGUACGGCAUGACCGGUACAGGAAAGACUUAUUCCAUGCAGGGAACCGCCAACGCGCCUGGUGUUAUACCGCUGGCCAUCACUGACAUAUUUUCUUACAUUCGCGAGAACCCAUGCCGGGAGUUUCUGUUACGUGUCAGCUACUUGGAGAUAUACAACGAGAAGAUAUAUGACCUGCUCAGUCAGUCCACACCUGGGCAGCAACAAGAGGAAAUUAAGCUUCGCGAGGAUAGCAAGCGUGGCGUGUAUGCGACACCACUCAAGGAAGAGAUAGUGCAGUCACCGAAUCAGCUCUUGCGAGUCAUUGCACGAGGUGACCUUGCUAGGAGAACAGGCAGCACACAAUUUAAUGCGCGCUCUUCCCGAUCACACGCCGUUGUGCAGAUUGUUGUCGAGUCUCGCGCAAGGACGGCUACGGACCACGGCGCUUACUUCGAGAAGGAGACUCGAAGAACAGACAAGAUUAUGCCGGGUGGCGUAUUGGUGUCAACACUGUCAUUGAUUGAUUUGGCAGGUUCAGAAAGGGCGGCAGAGAACAAGGAGCGCAGAACGGAAGGUGCUCACAUCAACAAGUCGUUGCUCACACUGGGCACAGUUAUCGCGCGCCUGUCUGGCGAAGACGAAAAGGAAGACGGCACCAAGAGCACAGAUAAGAAGGACGGGCUGAAGCAUCUGCCCUAUCGAGACAGCAAGCUCACCCGCCUGCUUCAGGGAGCACUCUCUGGUAACUCACUUGUCUCCAUUCUCUGCACGAUCCAGCUGUCCUCUGCUGGUACUGCUGCCGCGACUGCGAGCUCGCAUACCGGAGAGACCUUGAACACACUCAAGUUUGCCAGCAGAGCGAAGAACAACAUCGUCAGCCACGCGAAGCGGAACGAAUCGAACCUCAACCCUGGCGAUCCUAACAGCAGAGCGCUUCUCGAUCGAUAUCGCAUGGAGAUUCAGGAUCUACGAUCGCAGCUUGAACAGCAGAACAAAGCCAAGGAGGAAGCCGAGAAACAGGAGGAGAUCGAGGAGGAUCGGAAGAUGGAGGAAGCGCUCGAACGCCAGGAACGGACCAGGCAUGAAGAGCAGAUGUUGGAAAUGCAGCUUGCUCGUACGGCUUUGAAAGAGCGCAUCAGCCAUCUAAAUCGCCUGAUUCUGUCGUCCAAGUCGCUGGGUGUCAACUCCGGACGCUUCUCCAGCUCCAGCAUGCCUUUCAACCCUCGCAUGAGCAUAUACAGCAUAUCGCAGUCCGAGUACGGCAGGCCAGUGAGCACAGUCCGGCCGGACAGCAGAGACAGUGGCAUGCCGGCCCGCGACAGUGGUGUCACGCUGCAAGUUCCAUUCGAAGAGGAACGCGAUCAGCCGAUUUCAAGCGGCUCCAUCACAAUGGGUACACUUCCCGCGGCAGAGGCCUCCCGGAUUGUGGAGGACGAUGCAGUGCUCGAUGACGAAGAGGAUGGAGCAGACUCUGGUGGGAUCGAUGGCGAGGGCCACGCCAGCUUGUCCCAGCAGAUUCGCAUGCUGCAAGCGGAUUUAGGCGACAAGAAUCGGUACAUUGCAACACUUGAAAAGCGUCUUUUGCAGGCCAGGAGAACCAGUCAUAGCAGAGUCAGCAUGCACUUCGCUUCCCGGGUCGGGCUGCCGGAAGAUGCAAGUUUGGAACGUCUUUUGCGUGAACGAGACCGCGAGAUCGAAGAGCUUCGAGCAACCUUGGACGACCAGAUGCGGAUGGUGACAGCAUUGAGGAGCGCCGCUCGGAAGCGCGAGAUGCUGGACAAGAGGAAGAGUCACGCUACCACCACCAGUGACGAGACCGCGCGGCCCCAGACGUCCAGUGGUGUGUCUGAUCAAGUCCCGGAGUUGUCCAGUCUGCCAUUCCAGAGGCACAACAGCUCUCGUGCAUCACGACACAGCUUCAGGCCGCCCAAUCUGGCACGAAGCAGUCAUCGCAGCACCCCUUCGAAUGCGAGCCAUUCCAGUUCCAGCGCUGUGAACUUCUCCAGGACGCCGCUGAGUCCGAUGGUCAUUCUAAGUCCAGGACAUUCUUCCAGCAAUUCUCGCGAAAGCCUCGGCAAGGAGAUUGUCAAGGUGAACCGUCGCAAGAGUGUUGACGAAAUGACGCAGCUGCUCGAUCAAAUGAUCCAGGACAAAGUGGAAUCAGGACACGUUGUUCGGGGCGAGCGAGGGUCUUUACGAAUCCGUCAUGAUACGCUGACCCAGCAGAUCAGCGACGCGCUCAGCGCCACCGUCAUUCACGAGGAUCCAGUGCCAACAGCCCAAAGCAAAGGCGUCAAGGCCUGA